AUGUUUAUUGAUAGUACUGAUGUACAGUAUAAGGGAAAAACCCCUAGCGUAAUGCGAACAGAGUUGCGAAAUACAGUUAUAUCAGAGUUUGAAAGAUAUCAAAGGAUUUUUUUUCCAUUUGAAGAAAAAAUGAAGGCUGAAAAAUCAAAAAGGCAACUGAAUACGUCCAGGGAACGAGAAUCGCGAAAAGAAAAGUCGGAGAUCGACAACGAAACUAUAGUCGUUGAAGAGCUGACUACGAAACCCAGAAGUAUAAAACCGAAUAGCGUGCCAGCUGCUUUGAUGAUUCUAGCGAUUAUUCUGGUGAAUCUUGAAGUAAGCAAAGCCGAAAUGAGUUGUCCAAAGGCCAGUGACAUAAAAUGGAUCUCAAAAACAACCAACAAACUUGUUGGAUGUACACCAUGUCAGCCUUGUCCUUCUUCGCAGGAGUUUUCAAUCCCUUGUGGUACUAAAGCAUAUGUUGGAACAGAAGCUAAAUGCAUUCCAUGUCCAAAUGGGAAGUUCUCUGAUGGUUUUAAUACAAAGCCCUGCGUCUCUUGCAGUAGAUGUUCGAAUAGAAUUGUGAAACAAAAUUGUAGUCUUUCUAGAAAUUCUAUCUGUGGUGACUGUGCGCCUGGCUACUACUUAGAGAACACUUUAUUUGAUUGCAUAAAAUGUGCAAAAUGCUGCCAUGAUGGACGAGAUGAAACCCAUGCAAAUUGCUAUUUAGAUAAUCUUUGUAAAGCACGACCCUUUGGCUGUCCUAGUAUUCCUACAACAAAAUUGGUAGCAACAUCUUCCAUCAGCAAUACCACAACUUCAUCAGGCAAACAGAACCAGACACCUUGGUCUUUGUUAAAAUCCAUCAAUUCAUCUGUUAAAUCAGAUAGUGGAAUGAUGGUUGUGACGAUGGUUGUGACAACUGCAGCUUAUGAGAAUCAUUCAUCCACUCCUCAUCAGCAGUCCACACAAAAUGGAUUCGUAAAUAUGCAGAACCCUUGGAUUUUUGUAUGUGUUGUCAUCUUAAUUGCACUAGUUAUUGUCCUGAUUAUUAUCGUUGUAAUCCUAACGAUGAAAUUUCACAAAGUGAGAAAGUCAGACAAGAGUGUUGCGGUGGAAAGCGCAGAGUACAAUCCUGUUAGCCAGGACCCAAACCUAUCACUGAUAGAAAUGGAAGAAG